AUGGCGAAUCUGUCUUCCCUAAGAAGGCUGAACAUGGAUGUGUGCGACCUGCACGGUGUAUUUCCAUCUGCCAUUUUUCAUUUGCCGAAGCUACGAAUCCUCGGGGUGGGUUACAAUGAUCUCACGGGCCAAUUGCCUGACUUUAACUCGAGUAGUCUUCUUGAAUAUCUGCGACUAACUGAAACGAGUUUUUCUGGGCAGCUGCCCUCUUCAAUCGGUAAUCUCCACUCCUUGCAAACAUUGAAUCUUGAUUCCGAGACGUGCAAUUUGACCGGGUCCCUACCCCCGUCAAUAGGAAACCUUCCUUCCUUGAGUUUCCUCGACAUAGAUGGUUGCAAAUUCUCAGGAUCCAUCCCAGCUUCAUUUGCUAAUCUUAGCAACCUCGAAUACCUGGGUGUCAGCAUGAGCCCAUUCACUGCCCAGACCAUUUCCUCUUUGUCUAGGAUUUGGAAGAUUAAGAAGCUUGCCACUUUCUAUCUCGAGAAAAUCAAUCUAUAUGGCGAGAUUCCACCUUCAAUUGGAAACUUGUCUCAACUAGUGGAGUUAAGCUUUCUUGGCAACCAAUUAAGCGGUACUAUCCCAUCUCAGCUCAAGAACCUCACUCGGCUGACGAGAUUGUGCCUCCGAACUAAUCAACUAUCCGGGUCCAUACCGUCUUGGCUUAUGAGCAUGACUCAAUUGGUCGCGCUUGACCUUGCAGUCAAUAACUUCCAUGGCAAGAUACCUUCGUCAAUCUCUCAACUCCAAAAUCUCCAAGUCCUCAUACUUGCAAAAAACAACUUUAGCGGUACUGUUGAACUAGACAACUUUCUCAAGCUCAAAGAAUUGACAGUGCUGCAACUAUCAUCUAAUAGGCUAUCAUUCCGCAAGAUUAGCGCGAAUGUUACUCCUCCUCAACUUCUUGUCUUAGGACUGGCAUCAUGCAAUUUGAACCAGUUUCCUACAUUCUUACAAGACUGCUUUCUUGGCAGGCUUUUGCGGAUAUGUGGUAUAAGAGGUUUUGCUGGGGAUUCAGACACUGAGUUUAUGUGGUUGUUGCGGACAUCAAAGGGCAGAUCUCUGGAAAGUCUUGUUAAAGGUGGCAAGGAAUGGUGUCAUUUAUUUCUCAUGGAAAGAAAGGAAUACUAUGUUUACAAUGGUAGAGUUCCAUGUGCUGAGAAGGUUUUCAACAGUGUCUUGUUUGUGGUAAGGUUGCUGGUUUGCCGCAAGGAGAAAGGAGAAAUGAGCUGCUUUGGCGAGAGCUGA